AAUAAAUAAUUUCUCUAGUUUAUAAGCGCUUUUUUAAUUUGUCUUUAUGGCGUCAAAAAAGGUAUUUGAUCGGUGUUGUAAUCCUUUUGAGUUGGAAUCUCAUUUUAAAAAAAUUGGUUUACGUCCGGCGACUGAUAUUAUGAAAGUAACGUUAGGAUUAGAUGAUAAUUAUUUAUUAUGCAGUUCAUGUCGAAAAAAAGCUUCAGAGUUAGUGAAGCAACAAACAAAUGCUCGUAAUGAUCCUAGUGCUGAUGUAAGUGACCGUGAAGACAACUAUAGUGACAAUAAUGACAACAAUGAUCAGGCUGAUAAUGAUAGUAAUACAACUGCCACGGAUCUCCCAUUAUCCUUAUCAUUCCGUUCCAUGUCAUUUGAUAGCGAACCCAAAGCAUCACAAUCAAGCUCAGGAUCCCAAGUUAGCGCUGCAACUCAAUUACCCGUAAUAAACCAUGCAUUAGAAUUGUUAAAUCAAUCACCGAUUCCAUCGAAGAAAUUGAAUGAUAAUCAAUUUUUGAACAAUAAAAUAAAUCGGGUAUCCGACAGCUUGAAAAAAGUUUUGCUUUCUUCUUCAGAUGAAGAAUCGAUUGAUGACGAUGGUGAAAAUUUUCGCUCUCUAAUUAAAAUGUUGUAUGAUAAAUUCAACGAUAAAGAAACUGAUAAGUCUUUGAAAAUACAAAUUUUAACAUUAUUACCUGUAAAAUGGAGUGAGAGACGUAUUUGUGAAACUAUGAAUACAUCAAGACAUUUGUCAAGAGUAGCAAAAAAUUUGGUUGAAGAAACGGGUUUACUUUCUACACCUGAAUCGAAAUUAGGGAGGACAAUUACUGAUCAGGUAAAAUUAAAAGUUGAAAAUUUUUACAACGAUGAUGAGUAUAGUGCUCAAAUGCCCGGUCUGAAAGACUUUGUAUCAAUUCGAAGUGAUGAUGAAUUGGAUUUUCAAAAUUCGCUUCUUUGCGACCAAAACAUUGUGUGUUAG